UACAUCCCUUCCCAGCGGCGCCAACCCACCCAAACCCGAUCCACCCGAGAGAUCACGCAGCAACCAGCCAACCCCGAGACCCACGGAAACAAAUCAUACGUACCUACGUCGCGCUUGGCGGCAAUGUGCAGAGGCACGGUGGACGGCCUCCGCCCGCUCGGAGCCCGGCGGCGGCUCGAGGUGCGGGCGUUCUACCUCCGCCUCUCCUCGUCAUCUACAUCGGCGCCGCCCGCGGAGCUCACGCUCGUGUACCGCCCGGCCAUCGGCGGCGCGGCGCUGGAGCUGGCCGGCCGCGCGCUCCCGCCGGCGUGCCCCGCCGAGGUCACCCUCCUGCGCGUCCGCGGCGCCGACGGCAAGGACGACGCGCCGGCGUACGCGAACGCGGACCGCGUCUCGGCCGCCGAGGGCGCGCGGUUCGAAGUGUACGCCGCCGGGAACGAGGAGCUCGCCGCGGAGGGCGCCUUCGCGUGGCGCAACGGCGGGUGGCGCGUCGAGUGCCGCCGCCCGGUCGCCUCGCGCUCGCCCGUGGCGGAGGUGCUGGUCCUCGCGGUGGGCGGCGUGCUCGUGAGAGCCAGGGCCAGGGCGUCGCCGGCGAGGAGGAUUGGGUGCGCCACGCGGCUCGAGGGGAUACCGGAGGAAGAGGACGCGCCGUGCGAGUGCGGGGCGUGCGGAGACGAGUGGGAGAUGGUCGGCGCCAUCGUCGACGAGUUCAAGGAGCACGAGGAGGAGGUGGAGGCGGAAACGAUGCGAUGGGCGCUGGUGAUGGGCGCCUGGGCAGUGUGCGUCGGGGUCGGUCUGCUCGCCACCGCCCGCCGGUUCAGACGGAGGCGGCCCGCGCUCCGGUGAUCUCGCCAAGAGUCAAGUGUACAUGUUCGCCAGGAUAUUACAGUAGCUUCUUUUUCGUUCUCAAGAUUGUAGUAUGUAUAUACGUACUAUAUAGACGGAGUAAAUUGUAGAAAACCACCACUUUAGAGAUUAGAUUUCCAGAAAGCACUAUAAUACAUUUCUUUUAUAAAAAACAACACGUCUAUGGUAAUAUUUUUGCAAAAAAAUACUGAUCGGCGGAUCAGGCUCAGUUUAGUGAGUUUAUGAGUUUA